GAAGCGUUUGAUUUAGAACGUUCUCCCGGUGACGCUUACAAGUAGCUAUUCAAUAUGGCACGCAGUGAUUAUUAGUAGUGACCAAAUCCUAUAGACGCGUGAGACUUUUCCUAUUCCGUUGAACAACUUGGACAUUUAUAUGGGUGGAAAAUGUAUUACAAUAAUGGACUUUCAUGGACUUUAUACUUUACUUUGUAGUCGGAUAGUCUAAACGUUUGGGAUUGGACAAGCGCACCGAAGCCGAAUGGAAACUAUGUCACCUCAACAGCAGCACGAGAGCCUCAACCGCAGCCGAACACCGCUCGCGGCUGAGACCAAGACCGGCGCACACUACGAGAACAAGAGGAGGAUGAAGUCUCUGAGCCAUCGAAGACAGUCGGCUCCGUCCCUGGUCAUCAGCAAAGCUCUCACCAGAUCCAAAACGCUCUCCAAGGAGAGCUUCCUGGCCCCAGUGUGUCCAGAGACACUUCCAUUGGUCCAGUCCUUUCUGAGUCCUGAAAGGGCGUUUCUCCUGCAUGGCCACGCCCAGUUGAAGGCGGGACUUCAGACGCAGGACCGGCACCUCUUCCUCUUCACUGACCUCCUCAUCGUCGCCAAGUCCAAGUGGCCCACCCACUUUAAGAUGAAGACGCAGGCGUUUGUGUGCGAGAUGUGGACCGCGGGGUGUGUGGAGGAGGUGUGUGAGGCGAGCAGCAACCCAGACAAGAGCUUCGUGAUGGGUUGGCCAACCUACAACUGUGUGGCCACGUUCAGCUCUUCAGACCAGAAAGAAAGAUGGCUCUCCCUCCUCAAAAGUCGAAUAAAAGAUGAGAAAGACAAAGAUGAUCCUAAAACCAUCCCACUGAAAGUGCUUGGCAAAGGCAUCAGCAGUUUCUUUCCUUCCAAGACGUUGGCGGUCAGCAACUCUGAUACGACCAGUGAGGUUGUUCGACUUGCCCUACAGCAGUUCGGCAUCGCCGGUUGUGUGAAGGACUAUCAACUGUGGGCGAGCUCCAAGAGAGAAAACGCCCCCUAUCCUCUCAUUGGGCACGAGUUUCCAUUCAGUAUCCUCAUGAGCCACGUACGGGAGCCUCUGUACCUGGCUGGAGGGGGCAGAGAGGCGUCCACGCCUCCAGGCAGACAGAGGGCGCUACACCCUGAGCCGCUGCUGCUGGACAAGCAGUGCCAGUUCAUCCUCAAGCCCCGGCGCAUCACCGCCGCACAGCAUCAUGGGAUUGACCCAGGCCAGAAGCCGUUCAAACGAAGGCAGUCUCUCAUAAACUGGGCCUUCUGGCGUGGCUCCACCUCUCAGCUCCAUGACUCAUCCAUCUCUUCCCCCGCCUCCGGCUGCCUGUUUGGCCAACCGCUGAGCGCCGUGUGUCAGAACGAUGCCCUGCCAAAGCCAGUCAUGGACAUGCUGGUGUUCCUGUACCACGAGGGGGCCUUCACACGGGGGAUAUUCCGCCGCUCGGCGGGGGCCAGGGCCUGCAGGGAGCUCCGGGACACGCUGGACGCCGGCGCCCAGGAGAUCCCCCUCACGCGGGAACACGUGUUCAUCAUCGCCGGCGUGUUCAAGGACUUUCUACGGAACAUUCCAGGCAGUCUGCUCUGCUCAGAUCUGUAUGAACAGUGGAUGGACGUGAUGGAGGAGACCGAGGGGGAGGAGGAGGUGGAGCAGAUAGGGGCUGUCGAGAGUCUGGUUGGCCGACUCCCCAAAGAGCAUGCACUGUUGCUACGGUACGUGGUUGCUGUGCUGCAUGGUAUCCAGGGAAACGCCCACGACAACCAGAUGAACGCCUUCAACCUGUCGGUGUGCAUUGCUCCCAGCAUGCUUUGGGCUCCAGGACCCAGCAGCCCUGAGAUGGAGGGGGAAGGGGCCAAGAAGGUAUGUGACCUGGUGCGCUUUAUAAUCGAACACUGCCAGGAACUGCUGGGGGAGGACGUGACUUCACUGUUUGGAGGGCCGCCCGACUGGGGCAGGUUCUGCGAGCAAGGCUCAGACGUGUCAUCCUUCCAGCUGACGGACUCCUCCUACGACAGCCUGGAUAACGAGCUGAACGAGGAAAGCAGCGAGUCCCCCGGCCUCCACACCAGGAGGGGCCGCCGCAGAACCAGAGUCCUGCAGAGCAGCCUGGACUCUGUCCUCACCCUCAGUGACUAUGACCUGGACCAGCCAGACACGUGCGCGAGCACCCAACCUGGCAACCCGAACCGCCACCACAACGUUCUCCAGCUGCCCGCUUCUGCCCGACCCAAGAGCAAGAGGCUCCCCUCGGCCGCGGCCCCCUCCUGCCCCAGCCCCCCUGGCCCCCGGGGGGGCCCUUCCGACAGCCCUGACCCCCUCUCCAUGGGGGGUCUGCGGAGGCUGAGACGGUGCUCUGAGCCGGCGAUUAGCUACAAAGGCCUGGUGACGCGCGUGCUGGGAAACAGCGGGCACAUGGGGAGCAUCGAGGCCCUCGGGAGCGAGGAGAACGACGACGACGGGGAUGAUGAUGAAGAGGGGGAGGAGGGAUAUAACGAGGGCGUGCGACAGACGCACACACAGACGGGGAGGGUCAGGAGGGGUGCGUGCGAGAGUGCAGGGCCUCGCGGCAGCCAAUCCCUGCUCCACGGGACCAGCUACUCCAGCCUGUCCUCGCCCCCCAACUCCCCAACUCCCACACGCUCCUCCUUUGACUCCCUGGACAGCCUUAUGUCUCACUGCGGCGACCACCCCGCCCCGAUCUGGCUGCCCAGAUCGGGGGGCUCCAAGGCACCAGGCAAGAGGCCAUCCCACUCCGCUGCGACCCCCCUCCCCCCCCCCCGUCAGCGCUUCCUCCGUCUACAUUUCGGGCCCUGUUUCCUCCGCAGCUCCAGCCCCUGCCAAUGAGCCUUGUCCCGAAAGCUCCCCACCGAAAGAGGCCUUUUCCUGGAGUGCCCUAAGGAGCGGUAGGGGGCUCCAUCCCAACACCUGGUUGAAGAAAGCCCGGAGGAUGUCUCUUCAGCAGCAGGACAACGCGGACGUGGAGAAGGAGGAGAGGAAGUCUGGGGGAAGACCAUCUGACAAGAGUCUCCCGGGGCAGGAGAGAGGAGGAGGAGGGGUCAGACAGUUGUCUGUUGAUCUCCCCAGGUCCAGCGCGGCCAGCGGGCCCUGGAAGGGAGGAGGGGCGGAGAGAGGAAGGGUUACCCAGGGCCGAAGCCCUCCUCCUCCCAGGCAGGAGGCAGAGAGCCCCCCUUCGCACCAUCGCUCCCUGGGACAGAUCCACUACGGCAGGUCCCCUUGUUACCAACCCUCAGACAAACCACUCACAGUGCGCGAGCUGAGAGAAAUACACAGCCAGGCUUGUCUGCAGCACAAGUACGGAAACACAGGAAUUGAUGUCAUCAGAGAGGGCCAGGUGACAGGAAGAGAGGGGGGUGAGUCCAAAGGUCUUCCCCAGGAUGUUUUCUUUGGGCAAACUGGGCCCUUUCUCUCUAUGGCCAGACCAAAGUCCCACUCCCUCACCACAUCCAUGGACGGCUAUGAUGGAGGCAGGGUCUUCCAGAGACGGUCCUCCGAGCCUGGGGCAGUGUGUCUAGGCGAGGCCCUGGGCCUUGACCGGGCCUCCACCUUGCACCUGGAGAGGCUCCAC